CAGUGGGUUGGAGUAGGCUGGAGUACAAAAAAAGAAUGAAUAGUACACUUGUUCGUGGCCUGCCGUCCAUGCUGUGUGCCGCGAAUUUCUUCAAAGCUUUUGCCAACUUUCCCACUUUGCCUUUAUGAGCAUCUAAUGUAGGCUGUCUGCGACAUUUCAGCCUAAGACAGAAGAAAACCGUGCAGCUUACAGCAACGACAGACGUCUGGUCACCGUACAUGAUGCCAGCUUCAAGAGGACAGGCGGAUCUUCAGCCCGCAGGAACGCUCAACGUGAAUCACUAUGCCACUAAGAAGAGUGUAGCAGAGAGCAUGCUGGACGUGGCGCUGUUGAUGGCAAACGCUUCUCAGCUGAAGGCCGUUCUGGAGCAGGGCCCUGAGUUCAAGUAUUACCUCACUGUCAUCAUUCUCAUCGCUGCUUCGCUCUUCUUCCAAGUGCUCGCUGGGGCGCUCUUCGUCAACAUGGCACGCAAAAACCUCAAUGACGUGGCCAAUCAGAGGAAGCUGGACAUAAUGAAUAAUGUGGCCACUGGGCUGGUGUUUCUUACUGUCUUCAUCAACAUUUUCAUCACGGCGUUCGGUGUGCAGAAAACAGGUCUCUAUCCUAAGCAGUAAACUGUCUCAAGCAACAUACAGGAUCUCCAGAACAAUAGCGGUUGUAAAAGUCCAGAACAUUCUGAAGGACAUCUCGAGAGACUUCCUUCUAUUUGUUAUAUUAAAUUAGACACAUGUGAUUUUAGUAUUUAUUUUACAUUACAUUACAUUGUAUUUGUUUUAAAGAUGUUUUGGGACGUUCUACCAGAAACAUACAUAAUCUGUCCUUGAACUGGUACAGUGAAUGUUUCAUCCAAAAAAUGUGUCAAACUGACUGAUGUUUGAUUUCUGUGAGUUGUUCUGUAAAGGAAUAUGUCAUUCAUUAAGAUCUCAGAUAUUUUGUCUUUACUAAAAACACUUUUGAAAAUCACAAAUCCCGUCCUUGUCCUUCUCCUCAGCCAAAUUGGACCUACAGCUUUCAUAGUGUUCAAAUUUGAUUUAGAAAAAACCCAAUCAAUAGCAAGUUUAAGUUGUUAUCAUUCAUAUCAAUUGAUUAAAAACAUGAAAUUAUACAUACAUACAUUCUACCAAUAAAUACUACUUUACAACUGUCCCCUUGUUUUUGGUCAGUCCUGUCACAUUUACAUAAAACUCAACAUAAAAUGUGUGCAAUACACCUUUGGUUUGACUCCGAGGAAAAGACACAUCAUUUGACUGAGGUGAAGCUGACACUGAUCAAGGGUGAGCUCUGUCAUUGAAUUGUAUGAUUUUAAGCUGGUUUUUGUAUGGUUUUUUUAGGAGGACGAGCUUACGUGUCAGGCACUGUCACGGUAAAUGUAUGUUUCUGGUAGAAUGUCCCCUUUAAUAAAAUUAACUAUGAAUGAGAUAACGUUUACCAAGUUGGAUGUCUAAAUAUAAAUAAAAUAACAUUACUUCAUUAUCUUAGCUAUUUAGUGUAGAUUCUCUUCUCUGACUAAAAAUAAAGGUUUAUUCUGAAACAUUAUUGUGUCCAAUUUACUAUAUUUAAAUGAUAUCUGACACCUCAUGUUGUAAUUUAAGCAUAUGU